AUGAAUAAUGGCACAUUCACCUGCCAAAUGAUCACUGAUGCAGCGUUCGUCCUUAGCGAAGAACAUUUACGCCUGGUUCUUUGUUUGUUGGGUGAACAUUAUUUGAAUGAAAAGCUGUUUUCCAGGGCCGACAUUAGCAGCGUCGUUUCCUUGGACUCUCGCGACAAAAUGCACUAUAUCAAGUCCAUAGUACGAGGUCACUUGACUCCCGGAUGGCUUCAUCUUUAUGACGUUGAAAGUAACCAGGUGGUGGACAGUUUGGAACCGAAUUCGAAAUUAAGAUUUACCAAAACUUGGACUCAUGAGUUUUUCCACCCUCCGCUUCCGCAAAUGCUCGUCAACUGCGCUCCGAUACUUGACGACACUGUGACGACGACAAAUGGCAUUGUACACGUUAUUGACAGAGUGCUUACUCCCGUUAAUCGCAAUCUCUGGCAGCUGAUCGAAAAUGACCCACGCUUCAGCAUCAUGAAGUCAUUAGCAGGCAACGAGACACAAGUACUAUUAAGUAACUCCGAAAAACUGUCGACGCUGCUCGCAUUUACGGACGAUGCAGUGAACAAGUUACCAGAAGCGGAAAGGGACAAGGCUGAAAUCAAAGACGUUGAACCGGAAGUUGCGAAAGCUCUAUUGUCGAAUCAGAUCGCAACUGGUAAGCUGUUCAUUCCUGAAGACGACUUCGAAGCUGACGUGGAAACGCUGAAUCACGACAAGUUUCGCGUGACAUAUGACUGGCAGGGUCUUGAUCAGGAUCCGCAAAUCGCAUGCAUGGAUAUAAGGCAGAAGAACAUCGAGACCUGCGAUGGUAUCAUUCACUUCGUGCCUAAGCCAUUGCCGGUGUAUAAAGGCACGUUGAUGGACCAGCUGCGAAAGAACGAAAAUUUUUCCGAGUUCGUUCGCUUAGCCGAAGCCGCAGGCGUUGACAAGCGCUUAGAAGAUCCGUCUACUCAGAGCACUUUACUUCUCUUUACCAAUGAUGAUACAGACGAUGACUUCCUCGCCUUCCAUCUGGGUUCAUAG